CUUAUUAUUUAUCAGUUUGUGAUGCGUAUUUGUACUUUCCUAGUUUAUUAUCGUGAACGCGUCUUGCAUUAUUCUAAAAUUAAUCCCGUUUUUAAAAUAAAUAUUCUUAUCGAAUGUUGUUCUUGAAUCGAAAAUUACCUAUUCAUCAUCACAGAUCGUAGGUCUAGUGAGUGUAAUUUUGUUGUUGGCGCGAUGUUGAGCAAUAGAUAUUUUUUUCGAGCAUUUUUGUUGGCAUUUUGUUGUUUCUUUCAUUCAAAUGUUGAAGGUAAUUUGGACCCUGUAUUUCAAAAAUGUUGCGCGAUUGGGAAAAAUAAAACUACGGAUGCUUUGAAAUGUGAAGCUAAAAUACGAACUCCAAUCGCUAAUAUUGACAUCGAACAUCAAAGCACUUGCUUGUCGACAAUCGACUUAUGUUGUAUUCAAUCGUUAAGAGAUAUCGCCUGUGCAGUUGGUAGACAAGCAGCCAAACAGAAUAAAAUUUGUAACAUACAACCCAAAUCUGACGAAGAGAUAAAUUACAAACAUUGUUGCGAAGCUUGCAAGCUGGGUAUAAUAUCAGCUUCGAUGGCCAUGGAUUGCAAAUUGAGGGAUUUCCACUUCGGCUAUCCUUGGGAUAACGCAUACGAGACUUGCUGCUCGGAGUUCUAUGUGUUGCCUCCUGCACCCAGUUCUCCAAUCUCCGAUGAACCAAACAAUUUAUGCCAAAGCUAUCCUGGCGAGUUGUGUUCCCAAAUCUGUGUUCCAGUUGGUGGAUCAUAUAAAUGUCAAUGCCGAUCGGGAUAUGUUUUAAUGGCAGAUGGAAAAUCAUGUCAGCCUGAAAUCACCGAAAACAGAUGUGAAAAAUACAACAUCUGCCAACAAAAUUGCUUCGAUAAUGGCGAAACAUUGGAAUGUUCAUGCAGAGAUGGAUACGAGUUGUUGGCUGAUAAUAAAACUUGUGUCGAUAUCAAUGAGUGUAACUUGAAACUGGACAACUGCUCUUCAUCAGGAAAAGUUUGCAGAAAUACAGAAGGAUCAUACGAAUGCAUUGGUAAUUCGAUAAAUCGACCUCCUGAUGGUCAAAAUCCCAGUGUUACAUCCAGCACUAACCGACUAAAGAUCGUGUGCCCUAAUGGUUACAGACAAGAUCCAACGAGCAACACCUGUGUAGAUAUUGACGAAUGCCUAGAGCUAAAUGCCUGCAACAGAAACUCAGAAACGUGUCAAAAUACACCCGGAAGUUAUUACUGCAUUCCAACGGCGUUAUCUCCAAGACCAGUUCAGUCAACUCCAAAAUGUGGCAAUGGUUUGCGUUAUGAUAAUAGAUCGAAGGUUUGCCUGGAUAUCGACGAAUGUACAGAAUUUAAUUUUUGCGAAAAUAACGAAUUAUGUGAAAAUCUAAUCGGGAGCUUUAAAUGCGAGUGUAAAGCAGGUUAUGAAAGGGAUAAGAUGACCGGAGCUUGCAUUGAUGUGAACGAAUGCCAACUACACAUAGACAACUGCGCUGAAUCUACAAGAUGUGACAACACGAUUGGAUCUUAUCAAUGCACCAGACUCUACGGCUGUGGCACUGGUUACACGCUUAAUUUAGCAAGUAACAUCUGCGAAGACGAAGACGAAUGCGUUAUAGGAAAACACGACUGCCCACCUGACCGGGAGUGUAAGAACUAUCCAGGAUCUUAUAAAUGUGAGAAAAAAAUCUGCGAUAGUUCUAAUCAAAAUUGUGGAAAAGUUUCCCCACCUCAACGUUGCCCCAAAGGAUACGAACUAAUCAAUGGCAACUGCGUAGAUAUCAACGAAUGCAAACGGCAAAAAAAUAUAUGUUCUGCAGGUGAAACUUGUGAAAAUACUGCAGGUGGUUAUAACUGCGUCAGAACGUCAACAUGUGCUCCAGGACUACGGCAUAAUGAACAAAAAUAUUGCGUAGAUGUCGACGAAUGUGCCGAACAACCGUCAAUAUGUGAUCAUAAUUGCAUCAACGCCUGGGGAACAUUUUUCUGUACUUGCAAUCCUGGAUUCCGUCUACAAUACGAUAACAGAUCCUGCAUAGACAUCAACGAAUGCGAAGUAUACGUUGAUCGACGUUUAUGCAUUGGCUACUGCUUCAACACUCCUGGUUCAUAUAAAUGCCAAUGUCCUGAUGGAUACACAUUGGGAAGAUCUGGUAAAAUUUGCGAAGAUAUCGACGAAUGUGCCAGGGGAGAUGUCUGCAACCAGCCGAAAGACGUAUGCAUCAAUCUGAAAGGAUCGUAUCGUUGCAACACGAUAAAUUGCCCUCCUAAUUAUAUCAACGAUCCAGUUAAAAAAAAGUAUAACCUACCACUUCAGCCCAUCGCCAUAAUCUACUCUCGCUGUAUUAGAACAAAUGAUUUCUGCUUGAUCAACAAGAACUGUACGAAUUGGCCGUUGGCCUACAAUUACGCCUUUUUCUCGCUGACUUCCAAUUUCCCAAUUCCUGCCAGCGGUCGAAUGGAAUUUUACCAAAUGAAGGGGCCGAGUUCACCUACCACAUCGUCGCAGUUUUCUUUUGACGUUAAAAAUAUUCAAUCCGGGUAUGGCGUCAACAAAACUACUUCGGAUUUCUUCAAACUGAUACAAAAAUCGCCGAACGAAGUUACGGUAGCACUAAUACAGUCCAUAGAAGGACCUCAAGAGGUCGAAUUGGAUAUAAAAUUGCAUUACGAUAGCGGCGUCUCAGUCGGAUUUUGGAUUUCGAAAAUUUUCAUUUAUGUAUCACAACAUGAUUUUUGAACGCAUCGCUCAUCUAAUUUUCACCCUUUAAAGUGACGGAUUGGAGGGCGGGGGAGGGGGGCUCGUUACUUUCACACAUUUGUGAUUUUUUAAAAAUUAACCACCAUCAGUACUUCAAAGGCUCACGCUCGUAUCUAGCUUGACUAAACUCGAGAGCAAGAAUAUGCUCGCAGAUUGCAGACGUUCAACAACAAAAAGCAUCUCAACUAACAAAAUAAUUUCUGGACCAGACGAAGAUGAAUCGAAAAAACUAGCAAAAAACAUCAUUCGCUCAAAUUUCAAAAGCUAAUGUGCAUUUUUCGAUUUUUUUGGAGAAUUUAGAAAAAUAAAAUUUAGUUGAAAAACUGGGAGAAAUUAAAAUUUUACCAAAUUGACCAAGAAAUCAAACAAUCGGAAACAGUUUUGAACCAUUUUGAGCUGUUCUGGAACCUUCAGCUAAUUUUUGGAAGUUGAAACUUUCACCGAAUUUUACCCGAUGAAGUUGGAAAGCUAAAAUUUACUCACACAGUCUAAUUUCUACAUGCUGGAGUCGAUGGAAGGUGCUUUCAAAGCGUUCUCGAGCCUCCAGAAGUAUUUUAGAUAUUUCAAAUUUUCAUGAAACUUGAAAAUUUUUAGAUUUAUAGUUGGCAGACACCAAUUUUGGAAAAAUUUUGGGUAAUCGAUCAAAUAGUCACUAACAAGCACGAUUAAUGUAUAUAAUACAUAUGCUUACUGAAGUGAAUUUUGACAGAUUUUACGAUAUUUUUUGGAGAACUGGGGUUUCUAAAAAAUUACUAGAGGCUUAUGAAUAGCUCGAAAUCACCUCCGAUUGACUCGGCAUCCUCAAAUUAUAGGGUAUGAAAUGAAUUUUAGCUUUCCAGCUACAAUCGGUAGAAUCCUGUGGGAAAUUAUUCAAAGAUCUACUGGAGGCUCCAGAACAGCUUAAAACGGUUCGCAACCCAGCAACAGUUUCCACUCGACUUGAUGGGUCGAAAACAGGAUACCGAACAAAUUUCAGAUUUCUUGAAAAAUUUGGUCCAAUUCUGAUUUUUUUCUUAUUUUUUGCCCAGGGAUUGAAAAUUUGCCAAAAUCUAAAAAUUUUGUUCAGCAACUGAAAUUUAUUUUGGUUAGAGAUGAAUUUUUGCUUCCUCUUUUAACCCUUUGAGACCCGAGAAUGAUCUGACGAAUGAAAAUUGACUCAAAAAAUUACCCAAAAAAAAAGGGGGGGUCAUAUCCAAAAAUACAUAAGCAAGUGAAUAUUCAAACAGAACAAACCAUCGCACUCUUUUUUUUAGUUUUUUGUCCAUAUUUGAUAAUCGGUGAGUAGAGGAGGAAUUCAAGAAAAAAAAUCUCACAUUUUAAAUCGGCGACUUUGAAUUAAUAAAAUUGUUAUUGGGAGACCCCUUUUUGAAGCCCAAAAUUGAGAAAAAUCAACCUGACUUCGAAUUUUUGAAAUAUUUUUUGCAUUUGUGAGUCUUGAAGGUGCACUUACAAGAAGGAAAAAAAUCAGAGUGAAAUUAAGAGAAUCAACUUCACUUUUGGUUCGAGUUGACAUAGAAUAAGUCGCAUCACACCAAACGAGGCAAAAACUCAUCAAAAUGCUUUGAAUCAUAAACGAAAACAUGCUUCAUAGAGCACGAUUAUUACAUAUUUACUCAUAAACCAUUGUUAAUUCAUUUUUACUGUUACCUUAACUUGCAUAAUAAAUACUUCGAGUUACGUGCUAA